ACCGUUUUCCCUCUCUGGUUUUUCUCUCUCACACACUCACACAGUAGUAAAGCUUUCUGCAACAAGAAGUGUAAACCAGAAAUUCUGAUCUGAGAGAUGGCGAUCAAACUCGUCAUAAUCACCUUCCUUCUAUUCGCGCUGACCGUUGCCGGAGCAAGAACGAAGUCGCCGCCGUCAAGAAACGGAACUUUUUCACCACCUCCACCGCCGCCAAGAAACGGCUCUGUUUCGCCUCCUCCGCCGCCAAGAAACGCAACUGUUCCGCCUCCUCCGCCUGUAGCAGCUGGAGCUCCGACGAACUGUUCCGAUGAAUUGGUUGUCUUCUCGAACUGCCUUUCGUACAUUUCCUCUUCUCCAAACAACACGACUGCUGUACCCUCGCGCCACUGCUGCCACGACGUCGCUUCCGCAUAUCUCUCCGGCACCGCCGUCUGUUUCUGUUACCUCGUUCAGAAGCCCAACCUUCUUGGAUUUCCGGUCAAUUUCACCAAGAUCCUCUCUCUUUCCACUCGGUGCCCAGUUGUAGACCACGGAACCAAGGCUAAUUUCUCGAUCAAAGCACUCUGUUCUGGCAUACAUACUCUGCCUCCGUUGUCAAGCAUUACUAUUUCCGAUCGCCCAAAACCACGCAUUUCAGGCCCUGUACCACCUACACCCACAAUCCCGCAUAUCUCUGGUCCUGUUAAUCAUUCUCCGCCACCUCCUGGGAUGAACUUGACUCAAGAGUCUACUGCUGCUUCAGGCACUCAAGGACAUGCUGAUAACCAAUCUGAUGUAAGCAAUCAAUCACAACAAGCUGAUCACGAGGCACAUCCAGCACCGACUUUCCAGGUCUUCCCAGCAUGGAGAACAUUUAGUAUCAACAAAGCAGAUGCAAAUCCAGCCGGGUUUCCCCUUUCAUGGUGCCUUUUUGGUCAUGUUGUUGCUAGCAUUUUCACAGCAUUAUCUGUAGCUUAUUAGACCAGCACUUUGAAUCUUACCUCUACCAAAAUCUUACUGUACUAGAUACUGUACUAGGUAUGGUUUCAUAAGCUCUGCUGAG